UCAGACCGAACGCUAAAAACAGUGUGACGCAACGCAAAUUGUAUAACAGAACGCGGGUGUCGCGAGACGCGUUUUUUAAAGUGUAGCGCUGAUGUAUGUUUUUAUUAUCCGAUGCUGAAAUACUUUCUCGUAUCUUAGUUUAGUAUGCAGAGACGACUUUACAUAAACCAUUCAUAGUUUGAUUUGAUUUCACCUAAAAGUGUUGGCUUUGUGGUCGGAAUCACUGCAACAUUGGCUCGAGCAAUGACGUGAGUUGGAGGCGGGACUAUCUAUUAGUAUGACCAAUAGCAGGCGGAGGGCGUAUUCGGAAAUCUGUUUGGAAACAACGUUUAUUUUUGCAGUUCUGUUUGAUGAUGAUAAUAGGGCCACAGAAACACAGAGUACCAGAAGAAGUUUACACAGAUGCUGAUGGAAAUGAUAAGAUGCAGGUCGUAUGUUUUUGGUUUUCUGGUCCUUGUCCAUUCCAGACAGUAUUUCACAAAUGCAGCUGAUGACACCAGACCAAACUUUGUUCUCAUGAUGGUAGAUGAUUUGGGCAUCGGAGAUAUCGGCUGCUAUGGAAACAACACCAUCAGAACACCAAACAUCGACGGACUGGCGGCAGAUGGGGUGAAGUUGACUCAACACAUCGCGGCUGCGCCUCUCUGCACUCCCAGCAGAACGGCGUUCAUGACCGGCCGCUACGCUCUACGCUCAGGAUUGGGCAGCACAGGAAGAGUGCAGGUGAUUUUAUUCCUGGGAGGAUCUGGAGGGCUUCCACCCAAUGAAACCACCUUCGCCAAACGUCUGCAACAGCAGGGGUACUACACUGGCAUCGUGGGUAAGUGGCAUUUAGGUGUGAACUGUGAGAGCAGAAACGAUCACUGUCACCAUCCCAACAAUCACGGCUUUGAUUUCUUCUACGGUCUGCCCUUCACUAACUUUAACGACUGUAAGCCGGACGAAGGUUCAGACGUGCUGGUGGAUCUGCAGCAAACGCUGUGGCAGAUGUCGGCGCUGGUGUCACUCGGGUUUCUAACGCUGCUGCUGGUGCGAGCCGUCGGCCUGCUGGAGGUCAGCGUGAGACUCCUGGUGUUCCUCGCCGUCCUCGCAGUUCUGUGCUUCAUGGUGUGGUACGUGCCCUUUAAACUCCUGCGCAUGUGGAACUGCAUCAUCAUGAGGAAUGAGCAGGUGGUGGAGCAGCCGAUAAACUUGCAGACGCUCAACGCAAGACUCAUGAGGGAAGCAGAGAAGUUUGUGGAGAGACACAGAGACAGGCCCUUCCUGCUCUUCCUGUCAUUUGCACACGUGCACACGCCACUGUUUGUGUCCGAGGGUUUCGCCGGAAAGAGCAAACAUGGUCUUUAUGGAGACAAUGUUGAAGAAGUCGACUGGAUGGUUGGUCGAAUGGUACAGACCAUUGAAAGAUUCGGCCUGUCAGAUAAAACCAUGAUGUACUUCACAUCUGAUCACGGCGGUUACAUCGAAGACUCAGAUGCUCGUAGUCAGAAAGGAGGCUGGAACGGCAUCUAUCGUGGUGGUAAAGCUAUGGGUGGCUGGGAGGGGGGCAUUCGCGUGCCCGGAAUAUUCCGCUGGCCCGGGCGACUCCCCGUGGGGCAAGAAGUGACUGAGCCGACAAGUCUGAUGGACGUCUAUCCCACACUGGUCAAGCUAGCGGGCGGAGAGCUACCACAAGACCGAAUUGUGGACGGUCAUGAUCUGAUGCCGCUGUUAGAGGGCAGAACGGAUCGCUCGCAGCACGAGUUCAUGUUUCAUUACUGUGGCAUGUAUCUCAACGCUGCACGCUGGCACCCUCCCGACAGUGACUCUGUCUUCAAGGUACAUUUCUUCACUCCAAACUUCUCUCCUCCUGGAGCCGUUGGUUGUUACGACACAAAGAUCUGCCAGUGUUAUGGAGAGUUUGUCACGUUUCACAACCCUCCUCUGAUGUUUGACCUCAGCGGGGAUCCGUCAGAAAGCCGUCCUCUCUCAGCAGAAACUGAACCACGGUACGCUGAGGUGCUGCAGCGAGUCGAGCUGGCUGUGAAGGGGCAUCGCAAAACACUAAUGCCUGCGGAAAAUCAGCUGACCUGGGCGAACAUCCUGUGGAAACCGUGGUUACAGCCGUGCUGCGGGACGUUCCCAUUCUGCUUGUGCUCAGAGAGUGACUCGACUUCUACUAACACAGCACGAAGGAUAUAAAACAUCAGGACGAGUUUAUUAUGGCUUGAAAAAUAGAAGCGUUGACUCUGAACUUAAAGGGACAGUUCACCCAAAAAUUACAAAAUUGUCUCAUCAUUUACUCAUCCUCAUGCCAUCCCAGAUGUGUAUGACUUUCUUUCUUCUGCUGAACACAAAUUACGAUUUUUACAAGAAUAUUUCAGCUCUGUUGGUCCAUACAACAAAAUGCAAGUGAAUGGUGACCAGAACAUUGAAGCUCCAAAAAGCACAUAAAGGCAGCAUAAAAAUAAUCCAGUGGUUUAAUCCAUGUCUUCAGAAGUGAUGUUGAUAGGUGUGGGUGAGAAACAGAUCAAUAUUUAAGUCACUUUGUAGUAUAAAUCUCUACUUUCACUUUCUUCUUUUGGUUUUGUCGAUUCACAUUUUUCGUGCAUAUUACAACCUACUGGUCAGGGAGGAGAAUUUAUAAUAAAAAAGGACUUCACAAAAUACACCUAUCAUAUCACUUCUGAAGACAUGGAUUAAAACACUGGAUUGCUUUUAUGCUGCCUAUAUGUGCUUUCUGGAGCUUCAAAGUUCUGGUCACCAUUCACUUGAUUUGUAUGGACCUACAGAGCUGAAAUAUUCUGCUAAAAAUCUUCAUUUGUGUUCUGCAGAAGAAAGUCAGUCACACACAUCUGGGAUUGCAUGAGGGUGAGGAAAUUAUGAGGGAAUUUUCAUUUUUGGGUGAACUGUCCCUUUAAUAAACCAUUUAGAAGCAGCUCAAAUAUAAACAUUCAAAUCUUCAUUAUUUUCACAAUUAUGUUGUUAAUUCUGUUAACGUCUCAGUUUUGAAAUGUUCUGCUCUUCACUACUAAAUAUAUAUAUAUUAAAGCUGAUUGCUCAAAUGUAAAUACAUUAAUGAUUAAAAAUCAUCCUGUGCUUGUAUUGUCAGGUGUAAUCAUAAUUAAAUCAAUCCAAAGAUUUAAAGAAAUAA